AUGGGAUCAGUAUUGGCUAAGAUGAAUCAAGCCUCAUCCAGAGAAAACGAAGAACCGAUGAAACGAUGUCUAAAAAUUGAAUUUUCCGACACCUACAAAGUUAUAUGGAAUUGGAAAUUUUCUAUCAAAUUCUUCUCUUGCAUUAAACUCCUGCUAGCCGUUCAUCUUCAACAGUGGACACUAAACCGAUGGGAUCAGAUUCCGAUUGAUUUUUGUGCAGGAACGAUUUCUGCAUAA